CACUUAUUAGCUUAUCAGAAAAUUAUUUUGCAACUGCAUACUCGUCGGUGCAUAAUGCUUCCACUCUUUUCUCAACCACUCGACUUUUUCUGCACAUCUGCAAUGAGUGGAUCACAAUUCUGUAGAUAAGGGAACAAGCUAUAAAUUAGACACGAAUUUGUCGAUAUCACAGAAAACUAGAACCAUUCAACAUGAAGGUCCUUGUGGUGCUAGCUCUUACUUUGGUUGCUGUGCAUGCGGCUUCUGACCAGGAGCUGUGGAAUCAGUUCAAGGUAGACCAUGGCAAAGCCUACCGAAGCUUUAGAGACGAACAAGCUCGCUUCACCAUCUUCCAAUCGAAUCUGCGGACCAUCGAGCAGCACAAUGCGAAGUACGAAAACGGUGAAGAGACCUACUACUUGAAAGUUACCCAAUUCGCAGACAUGACCCCAGAAGAGUUUAAAGACUUCUUGGCACUGCAAGAAGAAUCUAAGCCAAACCUUGAUCUUGAGGUGCUUGAAGUCGACAGUACCGUAGCAGUUCCAGACUCAUUUGACUGGAGAAGCCAAGGAGUUGUUCUGGAAGUGAAAAACCAAGGACAAUGUGGAUCUUGCUGGUCUUUCAGUGCUACCGGCUGCUUGGAGGGUCAGAACGCCAUCAAGCACAACCAACAUAUCUCCCUUUCCGAGCAGAACUUGAUGGACUGUUCCAGAAGCUACGGCAACAAUGGCUGCAGUGGUGGCCUGAUGACCAACGCUUUCUUCUACGUUAAAGACCACGGCAUCAAUUCUGAGGCCAAAUACCCAUACGAGGGUAGACUGCAGGCCUGCCGGUAUGACAGUGGCCAGAGCAUCCUUCACAUCGACAACGUCUAUACCGUCAAGCAGAGUGAGGACGCCUUGCAGGCAGUUGUUGCAGCACAACUUGGUCCAGUCGCCGUGGGCGUUGAUGCCAGCAGCUUUUCUCUGUACGGUGGUGGUGUAUUCAACCCAAACUCCUGCUCUUCAUCUUCUCUCAACCAUGGUGUAUUGGCUGUGGGCUACGGUCGUGAUGGAAACAACGACUACUGGAUCGUGAAGAAUUCCUGGGGAGCUGGUUGGGGAGAGAACGGUUACAUCAAGAUGAUCAGGAAUCACGGAAACCGCUGCGGUAUUGUUUCUAUGGCUAGUAUUGUUUCACUGAAGUAAUUUUUUGAAAUAAAAAAUGUUAGUAGUUA